CUUAGUAGCUUCUUAAUUAUCUCUGUACCAUGGUUACAAGUUACGAGGAAAAAUUAAUAUCAAAGUAAGAGCUAAUCUAAUACAGGAAAAUUUGAUUGCAAAGUCAUUAGGAAAAAAGAUUGUGAUGAAGAAGCUUAGUAUUUGGGAGACGGUAUGUAAAUUAUCAGGGAUAUCGUCGUACCAUCAUGGUUCAAAGCAGAGAAAAGGGUUAUUAACGUCAAUAUUUCUUGGUUCUAGUUUCGUCUUACUUGUUCUUACACUUGUUAGCAUCAUCUUCCCAUCUAUUUUUUCUACACUUAUAAUUAGUAACUCAAGUGUUGUUGUUCAUAAUGAUCUCACCGGAAAAUCGGUGGUUCCACAAGUCAGUGUUGUUCCAACCUCUAGUACAAAAUUGUAUGAUCAGAAGCAAGGGGAUGCAGGAGAUGUACUUGAUUCUUCUAUUGGUGCCGGCGGUGAUUGUGAUAUUUUUGAGGGGGAAUGGGUAAUGGCCAAUGAUACAAAACAGUAUUAUCCUCCUGGUGAAUGUCCUUACCUGGAAACUGAACGAUCCUUUGAUUGUCACCAUAACGGGAGACCGGAUAAUGAGUACUUGAAAUGGCAGUGGCAGUGGCAAUCUGACCCAAAAAAUGCAGGGUGCAAUAACAAUAUACCCAGCUUCCUCAACGCAACCGAUUUCCUAGAGAGAUUGAGAGGGAAAAAAUUGGUUUUUGCAGGGGAUUCCUUGAAUAGGAAUAUGUACAUAUCUAUGGUGUGCAUACUUUGGAAUGUAAUUCCUGACAAGAGCAGAAUUGUGAGAAGUAGAGGAGAUUUCACUACAGUAUACAAGGAUUACGAUUGUACCGUAGCAUUUGUGUGGACUGCAUUUCUGGUAAACCAUCUUGGGGUGCAUACACCAGAAAAUGAGACUCUAAGGCUGGACUUGAUUGACGAGGCAUCAGCAUCUGGAUAUCGAGACGCUGACAUAAUAGUUUUUGAUUCAUGGCAUUGGUGGGAUGGUGGGAAAACUCAUAGAGGAAUUAACUUCUUCCAAGAAGGCAAUUACUUGUACCCAAAGCUGGAUAUAAAUAAAGCAUUCAAGAAAGCCCUUACUACUUGGAGAAAAUGGAUCGACAGGAACAUUGAUUUUGAUAAAACUCAAGUUGUAUUCAGAGGAUUUUCUCUAACCCAUUUCGCGGGAGGGAAAUGGAACACAGGUGGAGGAUGCAACCUAGAAACGGAUCCGAUCCCGAGUAAUGAAACAUAUGUAAAGCCAUCCCCAAUUCAAUGGGAAAUACUCGAAAACACUCUUCGAAAAAUGAAGACUCAUGUUUUGUAUAUGAACAUCAGUAAGGUUACAUAUUAUCGAGCCGAUGCACACCCUUCCGUGUAUGGAAAAAAUUACACUGCUCAAGAGAGAAAAAUAGCUAUUCAGGAUUGCAGUCAUUGGUGCUUACCAGGUGUACCUGAUACAUGGAAUGAGUUGUUGUAUGCUACUCUUUUGAAGGCUGGUAAAGGAUCUUUCGGAACCUAAAUGUAAAAAACUUAUAAUUAUUAUUCACUGCAGUAGAAACGAAAAGACAGGGAAAUAACUUGAAACACUUAGGUAGAAGAGCUACCUACCAAAAGAGUCAUACCUACACUUAGGUUAUGCUAGUGGCAGCUUUGUUACAACUAUUAUUUCAUUUGAGUUUCUCCACAAGAUUUCAGAAGCUCAAUAAAAGUGUCACGAGGAAAUUGUCGACUAAUGCAUUUGACUGUAUCUCUGAAUGCUCGGUCCUAUUCCAGCAUUACAAUUUUUGAUGACUUUGAACUAUGAUAAAUAAAUUAUGACAGUUGAAUAA